AUGAGUCUUUAUACACCUAAAGACGGAGUAGCAGUUGCAUGCACUGUCAUACAAUGCCCACCCAAAAGUUCAACAGGAGGAACCACUGGCAGUGGUGGCGACAACACCGGCAGCGGAUCCCCGCAAACACCCCCCAGCACCCCUCCCAACCCAACCGACGAUCCCGAAGAAGAGGAAGACGAGGAAGUUGUGCCUGGUGGUGGUGAAGGCGGUGCUGGUGGUGGUGGCAAAACCAAAGAGAGCAAAGAGUUGAAGCAAGCAAGUGCUGAGGAGAAUCCACCACCAGUAACAGCAUCAGCAGUAACAGCAGGAGCAGGAGGAGCACCACCAGCAGCUGCAGCAACAACAACAACAGCAGCAGCAGAAGGAGGAGUUAGGGGAGGCAUGACAGUCCGUCGAUUAGAUGAUAGUGCAGGAGGAGAAGAGUCUUUUAAUGCUCUUGUUUGUCUAUUCAAACCUGAAACACUCACUGAAGGAGCUGCCCCUUUCCAGUAA